AUGGGCAGUCGGCCCAGUAAAAGCAGUCGCAUCACCUUCCAACCCUUACAGGCCACCAGCAACGCACCCACACCUCUCAACAAAGUAGUGAUGGAGGUGGUGGCAUUGUAUAACUACCCUUCGAACUUGGCAUCGGGAGCCACUAUCAAGGUGGGCGACAGAGUGAACAUCAUCACAGAGGACGGCAAUUGGUUGAAAGUCAUCACCGUGACAACGGGCCAAGAAUUUUACAUCCCUUCUAACUACGUGGCCAAGGUGUAUCACAGGUGGCUGUUCGAGGGCAUCAGCAGAGAGAAAGCGGAGGAAUUAUUGAUGUUGCCCGUGAACUGGGCGGGAGCGUUCAUGAUCAGAGAGAGCCAGACCAGACGGGGCUGCUACUCUCUGUCCAUCAGAAGAUGCAACAGCCCCUUGUGGGACUCCCUCAAACACUAUCGCAUCACCCGCCUGCCCAAUGGCUGGUUCUACAUCUCACCACGACUCACCUUUGCCUCUCUGCAGGAAAUGGUCGAUCACUACUCAGAGUGUGACGAGGGCUUGUGCUGCCUCUUAAAGGAGCCGUGUCGCAUUCAGGGGUCCGUAGCCCCCCUCCAGCAGCACCCCGCCCCCAUCAUCGUCCAAAAGCCGCAGCUGAACUGGGGCACCAUGGACAGCUCGGUCCUGAUGACCGAUGAUAAGGAGCCAGGAGAGGAGUCCCCGGUCAGCCUGGGGCUGAGGGAGGCCAUUAACUCUUACCUCUUCAUGACUGAAGAUCUGGCGCUGACCGAAAUGAGCGACAAAAAGUCGCGCUUGAAACUGUUAAAGGCAAGACUGCAGAAUAGCCAAAUGCAAGCCAGUCAGAGCCAGGAGGAGAGACUCGCCAGCUUCGGUUUCAACUGAGCCACGUCCAUCCAUCCAAUGCGGCUCACUUGCACCCCCUCUGAGGAAAGGGGGAUCUUUGGGUGCAUUUGCACAGACUUCACGUUAACGUUAAUUAUUUUAAUCCUCUUUUUAACUUAUUCAAAUGGUUAGCGGUCACGUGGGUGCAGCUGAGCUAUACCCUUUAUUUUUAAUUAUCAGAGUCUUACAGCACAGAAA